GCCGUGCAGCUGCCGCCGUCUCGCCCUGCCUCAGCUGUUAGCAUUAGCUCGCUAGCGGUUAGCAGCAGCUCGUAGUGAUGUCCUCUCAGUGACGUCCAGCCGGUGCUCGCCACGCGUCACUGUUGUUUUGAGAGAACAUGGGUCUCACGCAGGGCUCGCUGCUGUCUGACGGCGGAGCGAACAGCGGAUAUCACCUCCACGGGGUGCAGAGGGACUCGCCCGCACUGAAGGCAGGGCUGGAGCCGUUCUUUGACUUCAUCCUCUCUGUGGGAAACACCAGACUCAGCAAAGAGAGCGACUUGCUGAAAGACCUCCUAAAAGCCAAUGUCGAAAAAGCGGUCAAACUCGAAGUGUACAACUCUAAAACCCAGCGGGUCCGGGAGCUGGAGGUGACACCCAGUAACAUGUGGGGGGGGCAGGGUCUGCUGGGGGCCAGUGUCCGCUUCUGCAGCUUUGAAGGAGCCAAUGAGAACGUGUGGCAUGUCCUGGAUGUAGAGAACAGUUCUCCUGCAGCAUUGGCCGGCCUUAUUGCACAUGAUGACUUCAUUGUGGGAGCUGACCAGGUGUUGCAAGAGUCAGAAGAUUUCUUUUCAUUGAUUGAAGCCAAUGAGGGGAAACCUCUGAAGCUGCUGGUUUACAACACACAAACGGAUCAAUGCAGAGAGGUGGUGGUGACUCCCAAUGGAGCCUGGGGAGGAGAGGGAAGCUUAGGCUGCGGUAUCGGCUACGGCUAUCUGCACAGGAUCCCGAACCGUCCAGUUCAGCCUCACAACCAGAAUGAGAGUGUUCUGCAGUCGAUGGUCGCUGACAGCAGCGAAGAGCCCCUUGCAAGUGACCACAAUGAGGUGCCUUCUGUGGGUGAAAGUAGCCACUCUACUGUCAGUGAGACGGACUUGAAUCAAACUGAGGAAGUUGCUGAGGAGAUGAUUGUUACCUCAGCCACACAGCCAGCUGCAGACUUAGAUAUUUUCGACUUACCCGAGGCAAUGACUCCAGACUUGUCAGACAUGGUUUCCACCAAUGACGUGGGUCAGAGCUCCAUGCUCGCUAAUUACGGAGAUGAGUCUGGUUAUCAGUGUAGCUUGGAUGCCUCAUCUGUUUUCCAAAGUCCGUCGUCUCCAGAGAAAGAAGACGAAUUGAACGUCCACAAACCCGAGGAGGAUCCCACUGUCGACCUGAUCACUGCUUCCCCGAGCGGAGAGGCUGCUGAUGACCUUGUUGACCUUGACGUCAACACAGAAAACCUGUGCGACACAAAUAUCCCAGAGGUGCAAGACGCCGGGUCUGAGGCCUCACCCUCAGCCAGCGCUGUGGAGGAGGAGACGUCUGAGUCCCCUGGGACAGACAGUUGAGAAGACUGCUUCACCAGAGGAUAAGUUACUUACUCUUCAGAUGACUUGCAAAAAAAGAUUAAGAGCACAUCAUGAAAAGCUCCCCCAUGUGACUGCAAGUUGCCUUACUGGAGAAAAAAUAAUCGACUUUAAAGUUUUAUUUAAAUACAAGUGCCAUUGCUGCAUGCUGAAUUGCACAUUUAAGAAAGAAGCUACGUUGAGUGGAAAGCCAUUUGAUUGUCACAACAAUAUGAAUGUAAUCUAUAAUUUGGUGUAUGUCUCAACAACAAACAGAAAGAAGCCCGAGUCUUAGUUGCUGUGAAACGUCAUUAUACUUUGCACUAAAAAGCCGAAGAGGAAUCAUGUUCGGUUUAGUUGCUCUCACUGUCGUCACCUGCUGAUUAGAAUGAAACACUGAGAGCUUGAGCUGGAGUUCACACACAUCCAACUGCUUUUAUAUUUGACAGUUUUGGAAAGUGGGGAUUAUGUUUUUAUUUUUCAUGUGGGUUGAGUUUCAGUUAAAAUAUCUUUUCUUAAUCUCAGGCAUUUACCAUUUAAGCCUUUUUCCCCGUAUGUCUUGUUUUAACUGUGUGUUGGUUUGUCUUUGGUGUAAAUGACUGAGUCACAUGAUGCAGCUCCCUGACUUCUGUUUCUCCUCUUUAUAUAGAUUUUAAUCCGAUCACGUGUAUGAUUUUCAUGGAUGAAUGUAAAUAUUCAAUUAUUUAUAAAAAUAUAAGAUGCUCAA